GGAGUGUCACAACUGGGUAUAAUGCUACCCUAAUUUGCUGAGAGAAUGUUAGAACAUUUUACAAUAUAAUGGAAGUUUAAGUUUCAGGCUCUGGAUGAGCAGGAAGCUUUCAAGUGAGUUGAAGCCAGGUUCCUUUCCAGGCAGUCUAUAUUUAGUCUGUUUUCCUUUCUUCCAAGUUUUCUUAUAUUAUGAUUUACCCUUGAAAGUCUCAGUUUUGGCUUUGGAGAAGAACAGAGGGGAGUUACCAUCUUUCUCAUAGCACAAGACUUUAACUGUAGAUAGAAGCCAUGAAGUGUAUGCACUUGCUCUUGGCUUUAGAAUCUAAAAACAUAAUUUAAAACACCUGCUUCUUAUGAAGGACAUUUUUACAUCUUUGUUCCUAGAACAAGACAGACAUGGCUCUGUUCCUCAGAAGCCCUGGCAUGAUGAAACUAAAGGUCAUAAAUUAAUGUCAAGGAUGCAUCAAAGAUGUUGUCCGAUUGGAUUCCUGGCAUCAUUGGUCCAGCACCAACUCAUUAACCUUCCAGUUCAGCAGACUUAACAAGAGAACAAAUUGACAGCUAGUCACAAGCAGGACUUCUGGGUUUGUGGUGUCAAUCACAGCCACUGAGGAAAUGGGGCAGUGGGGACAAAAUUGUGGUCUCAUCAUGGUUAGUCCUAGGUCUUCACCUACAUGAAACACUCUGCCAACUGGACCAACCAGGAGCCAAAGCGACUGAUGGGGAAUAAUAAUGCUACAUUUGACUCUAUAUUUUUCAAAGAAACUCUGCUAUUACCUGUUACUGGGUUAGAUCUUAACAUCAGGGUGGGAAGGUGGGAAAGAUGCUGUCUCUGCUAUCAGACAGUGAGGUAUCCAUGGGCUUAAGGGGGCUAGAUAAAGUUCAGGACACAUAGGGAGCAGAGUUAUAGGUCAAACAAAAGAUAAUACUCCUGAUCCCAUGAUUUCCAGUCUAAAGAGCUUGAUUUUUGGAGUAUUUCAGGAUUGUCUGGAAUAAUGUUCUAAUCCGUGAGCUUCACAGCAGACACUGAAUUGUCUCCUGUUAUUUGGGUACAUGAAAGCUAUGGGCAGUUUCAACACCAGUUUUAGACAGGGCUUCAUCUUAAUGGGCUUCUCUGAUUAUCCUCAACUGGAACUCAUUUUUUCUGUUCUCAUUUCCAUUUUCUACUCCCUAACUCUCUUUGGCAACUCUGCCAUCAUUAUUCUUUCACAACUGGAUGCUCGACUUCAAACACCAAUGUACUUCUUCCUCUGCCACCUCUCCUUCCUGGACCUCUGUUACACCACGAGCAUUGUGCCCCAGCUUCUGAUCAACCUCCAGGGAUAUGACAGGACCAUCAGCUAUGGAGGAUGUGUGGCCCAGCUCUUCCUUUUCCUUGCUCUGGCCUCCACAGAGAGUGUGCUCCUGGUGGUCAUGGCCUUUGAUCGCUAUGCUGCUGUGUGUCGUCCCCUGCACUACACGACCAUCAUGCACCCUCUUCUCUGCCUCUCACUAGCUAUUGCUUCAUGGGUAGGAGGAUUCAUGAACUCUCUGAUUCAGACAAGCCUGAUGAUGGUGAUGCCUAUUUGUGGACACCAACUGAACCACUUCUUCUGUGAGAUGCCUAUUCUUUUGAAGUUGGCCUGUGAGAACACAGAAGAAACAGAGGCCAAAAUGUUUGUGACCCGAGUUGUAUUCUUGAUAUUUCCUGUAACACUAAUUCUGGGCUCCUAUGCAAACAUUGCUCAGGCGGUGCUGAAGACCAAGUCAAUGGCAGGGUGCAAAAAGGCCCUGGGCACUUGUGGGUCCCACCUUGUGGUGGUUUCUAUGUUUUAUGGUGCAGCCAUCUACACAUACUUACAACCCAAGGGCAGUUAUUCUGAGAGCAAGGGGAAGUUUGUUGCCCUUUUUUAUAUUAUCAUCACCCCCAUGCUCAAUCCUUUGAUUUAUACCCUGAGGAACAAGGAUGUGAAGAGGGCUCUGUGGAGGGUGCUAGGGAGAGGCACAGACUCAGGAUAGAAGACCAAAAGACAACCAGUACGAUUUGGUUUAAUAGUUCUUGGGUUACAGACUCAUCUGUCCUUGCAAAGCAAUUUAUCAGUAAAAAAAAUAAGCUUCCACAGACCCUAUGGGUUUGAUGCUUCUUUGUUCUGAAGAUAGAAGUGAGGAGGGUCUUUUGAAAUGCUUUGUAGUCCAGUGUAUAUAAUCCAUAUGAUACAGGGAGUAAGAGUUGAUUUGUAACAUGGUGUUUAGGAAGUGGAUAUUAUCUCCUCUUGUACAAAGUGGAGACAGUUUCUAGGUAAGCCUGGGAGACAGGGAAGCAUUGUUCAGAUGGCAGUUCCUUCAGAUUUCUAGCAUGGUGCCGAGCAGAAUGCCCUAUGACAAAGAUUUGCAUCAAUGCCUAUGCUUCUAAUUCCCUCUAUCCUGUCUAGGUCCCUUCACUUUACAGGAUCUCUUUUUAUGGUCUACUUAGGUUGAUACCUUUCUGUGAUAUUUGAAGAAUAUAAGAAAUAAUGAUUAAUGGUUUAUCACGAAGCAUGUAGAGGCCCGAUGUGAAUGUUGCUUUUCUACUUGGGGUCACAUGCAAAGAAGUAUUAAGGAGGCAUUCAAAAAAGGAGGGCAGGCAUUGCUAUUUCCCCAGCUGUACAGUGCAACUCAGGAAUGAUGCUUGACAUGGGGAAGAUGAUAAUGUUCAUGAAUGAGAAGAAACUAGAGAAACUGGAGAGAAAACCAAACAUGAGCUUAAUUAGUAGACAUCACUGCUUUGUCUGACUGAUUCUUUCCAAUGUUCUAGAUUCUUCUUAAUUACCUAUUCUUAGGUAAAAGGUCAAAUAGUGUGCUUUACAGAGUCAACCAAUCUAUAACUGUUCUCAUUUCUCGAACUCUUAAUGUAACUCAAGCCCUGUGCUUAUAGAACUUUCUGUUUUAUUACAUUUAAUUAUCUCAGUGUGGAAUACAGGCAAAUUCCUCCCUCAUAUUAGUUAUACUUAUCAAGAGACCAAAUGCCAGAUAAUUACUUUGUGUUGUUAUUUUCAGUUUUCCCAGAUACUAAAUAGAAAUUCAUUAUUUGAAUGUGCCCUAUUUUGUUGUAAAUCUUAUCCAGCUAGCUGCUACCUAAGAUUCCACAUUUUAUAUUUAUUAGCUCAGGGCACUGGCCAAUAAAUGUAACAAAAAUGAA